AACCAGUUUAUUUACAUUGGAAAAAUUUUGUUUGGGUGAUAAACGAACUUCUGAAAAGAAAAUUGAGAAUUUAGUUCAAUUUCUUUUAAAAAUCGCCGUCUAAUUAGAAUUUUGAUGUAAUUUAUCACGUAUUUCAUCUCCACGAAACAUGAAGAAGAAAUUCACUCAAGAAGAGCUGCUAAAUCAGAAUAUUAAAAUAGAAGAACUCGAAACAUCUAAUAAAGUACUCCUUGAAAAGAUGAAAUUGCUGAAGAUUCAACUGGAAUCUCAAAACAAUCUAUACACUUCUGCCUUCCAUCCGAGAUCAGCUCAGUCUCACAGAUCUCAUUCGAAUCUUUUUCAUCGCAAUUAUAACAUCAAUGGAUUCCAUGGUAAAGACUCGAAGCACGACGACUCGAAUAAAACUGCCAUCAAUAAACAAUACGAUUCAUUAUUCCAGCAAAUGCACGUUUUACAAGAGGAAUUGGAGAACGUCAAGCAGCAAAAUAAAGAUCGAAUCUGCGAGCUGGAGGAACAAUUGGCCAAAGUUCAAGAACCAGUAUCACCUGGUAAAUUGAAAACCGAGCUAGACGAUAACGUCGAGCUGAUCAAAUUGAAGAGAUUGACGAAAAAACAAACCGCUCAGAUUCAGUCGUUGACUUCCCAACUGGAAAUAGCUAAUUCGGAUAUUAAACAAUUGCAGACGAAUUUAUUAUCUUUGAAUAAUUUGAACGAAACGUUACAAAACGAGUUAUCUCAAGAGAAACUGGAAACUACGAAAUUAUCGUCAAAUAUUGAAACUCUGAAGGAUGCUCAGAAGCUUUUAGAAGCGCAAAUAAAUGAUUUACAAGCAGAAAAAAACACUCUGAAAGAACAUAAUGACAACCUGCUGAAAUUAUCUUUACAGAAAGAACCGAAUACUGAUACUUCUGAGAGGAAAGCGAAUUAUUUGAGACAGAUCAAAGAACUGGAAGAAAAUCUGCGGAAAGAAGUUGUAGCUAAAUCUGAAGCGUUGUCGAAACUAGCUGAUUCCGAAAUAGAGAAUAUCAAAUUACAAAACGAGCUUUCCAAAUGCAACGUUACAAUAACGGAAAUGAAAACAAACAACACCAUGCUCAGAGAACAAAUCGACAAUUUGAAAGAAAUCAUUGAUAAAAUUCAAUUGAAAACCACCUUCAGACAUAAUUCGAUUCCCACCGAAGAUAAAUCCAUCAUGGUUUCAAUCACAGAUCAAGUCGAUGCUGUGUGCUCUAAGAGCAAUUUAGAGGAAUUGAUUAACGUUACAGACGUUCGCGAAGGGCCAGAUGGUAUUAAGAUGAAACUAUAUCAGGUGUCGAGCGAACUAAACCAGUGCAAAGAACUUCUACGUGUUCAGUACGCUCUGAAUAAUAAAAAUAAAACCGAAAUUGAAGAAUUACAGAAAAUAUAUCAAAAGAAUGAAAAAACAGUCCUAGAUUGCUCCCGAAAUCUUCAGAAUAUGCUGAGAAAACACGAAGAACGAUUAUCUCAGCUCAACGAUGCUCAACUCGUUGAGACCAACUUUAAAAAUAUUUUCAGCGAUUUGCAAAACUCCACGAAAUUCAAGAAAUCUCAUCAUCAAGAUUACGUCAAUGUUUUGGAUAAAUUAUUAAACAGUUAUAACGUGGUCGUGAGGGAUUUGAAAUCAAAAUUCAGUCCCAAAGUGGUGGAUAAAAAAGAUGUCCAAGUUGGUGUUUCGGUACAGUGUGCGAAUAAAAUGAUACAAACUGAAGAAUACACUAUCUCGACUGAAAAAGUUGAGGAAAAUGCUGCGACAGAGAUACAGAAAACAUCUUCGAUAACAAAAUCACCUUCGACAACGACAGCUGUAUUCGAACUACAAUUUGGAGAAGCUACUUUCACGUAUUUUUCCGAACAUUUGAAGAGAUCUACUGAAAAUAAUCCGAAAAUAUUUCUAACUUGGAAUUUCAUGGAUGAUAACGAACAUCAAGCUUACACCCCUACUAUUUCGGUGGCUGAGGGAAAGUUCAACUGUUCUUGUCAGUACGAAGGACCUUGGUCGAAAGCUCUGUACGAGUAUUUGAAACAACAUGGUAUCAAUAUCGAAAUACAUCUAGUGCAAGGAGAUAUUUCGGUGAGAUUAGCUGAAGGUAAAGUAGACACAGGAGCGAGUAUUCACGAACCCAAUGUUCAUCAUCGAUUUACUGUUAGUUUUGAAAACAGUAACAUCAAAGGAAAUGUGACCGGAGGUUAUACGUUGACUUGUGAGGAAAGUGCAGUUCAACGAAUGGUUUAGAAUCAGAAACAAUGUACACUUUGUAUGUAUCAAAUUAUAAAUAAAUUUUUACUUCAUUCUUCA